UUCGUGAAUCUAAAAGAGGAAGAGAGUUUUGGAUGGACCGGAAGUUGACUUCUGGAGUCACAUUGAAAAACGAAGGUUGUGCUAACGUUAGCUUCACCGAUGUGUCAAGGCACAUUUGGAGCGACAAAUUGACUUAUUCAAUCCCGAUGAUUCAACUUCAAUCGUAGACAUGUUCAUCUCAAGGGUGGCCCCUCACAUCAGUCGGCUUUGCCGAGUAACUGGUGCCCUUCAGACUUGUGGACUGUCAUUGGGUGAAUCUCUACAGCCUGUCUUUCCCUCUUGCUACUCUUCUCUAUUUGGAAAACCCAGACUCUAUUCGACAGCAGCAGACAACACACAGCCUCCCCAACGCUGGGUGGCAUUGGAGCCAGAGCUGGAUGAGUACCUUAUCCCCCGUAAACUGUCAGUGUCCCCCCUGGAGAGCUGGCUCUCUCUGCGCUACUCCCUCCCUCCGCUGUUAGAGGCAUCACUGCCCAUAGAGGAAGGUGACAUGAUUUUGGACACCAAGGUUUUGCCACCAUUAAGAGUCCCUCUCCUAGAAGAGGGGGAUGACUCUGUAACGCCUCUCAGCUGUAAGAAUGUGCUGGAGAUCAGACGGCGUAAGAUGAACCGGCACAAGUACAAGAAACUCAUGAAGCGCACCAAGUUCCUGAGGAGGAGAGUGUUGGACGGCAGAAGGAAAAAGAAGCAGAAACGCUUUGAGAAGGAUCUUGAGAGGAUCUGGAUGCGAGCUGGACUGAAAAAAGCCCCAGAAGGAUGGAACACACCUAAGAUCUUCAUCAAACAGUACAAGUCCAAGAGGGAGUGAAGUUCUACAGGAGCAGUGCACUGCUGACUGACCCACUCUGGGUCGUAACAGGACUCCUCAAGCACAGCCUACUCUCCAUUGCUACUUGAAGUAGAUCUCAGUCAUCUGUGAUGUUGACAUCUUCCACGUGUGCUUUUCUUUCCUCUGUUGAGGAUUUGAGCUGGGGGUCGUUGGGAAGUGAAAAGAAACGAUAAACGUCACUUUCAAAUCCUAA